AUGCUUAAUCCACAAUAAUUCCACAUCCAAAAAAAUAAUACCUAUUAAGGAGUCCAAAUAUCAUGUAAACAACACAAGCAACCCUUAAACUCCAUAGAUCUAUCAUUGAUGUGUGAGAUGUAAUCUAGAAUGAAAUGUUCUUAGUGUUAGUUAGAUGAAAAUUGUAUUCCUAUAUCUAUAUUUGGUAAUUUAUGUGAGAAUAUCUAUCAAAACAUUGAAUAAAAUAAUUUUUAAGCAACUCACGCAAUCUAAUUGAAAUUUUAAAAACAAAUAGAAGAAAUCUAAGAGUUACUUCAAUAAUUAAACAAUAAGUUAAUGAAGAUAACAUCUUUUUAGAGAUUUUCUUAAAAUAAUCUUGAAUUAAUAAAUAACUUUGUUAAUUGUAAAAAGAAAUUAGAAAAUGAAAUAUUAAAUGAUUCUACGAACACUUAUUAAUAAGAUCAAAUCAUAAUGAAGUUUGGAAUCUAAGAAUUUUAAUAAUUAGCAGAAGUAUUGUCAAAACAUACUAUUCUUAAUAAAUAAAACUUUAAUUAUACCCUAAAAUUUAAAGAUAUUGAUGAUCAAUAAUUAGCUGAAUCAAAUCAAUAUUUUGAAUUCAUAUAAAAUUUGAAAUAAUAGAUUCUCAACUUUAAAUAAGAAAAUGAUAUCAAAAAUGUAGAAAAUAUAUAAAAUUAAUAAGUUAAUUAAUUAAAUGGACAAAUCAAAGAAACUUUUAAAACAGAAACUAAAAUUUAGAGAAUACUUUAAAUUUAAAAAAGUGAAAAAAUGUUUUUGAAAGAAAAAUGUUCAAUAGCUGAUAUUUAAUUAAAUUAUGAUUAAUCAAUACUUUGUAUUAGAUUAAUGGAAUCAAAAAAUUACAUCAGUUUUUGGAAGUAUGAUGCUGAAAGAAAAAAAUGGAAUUUUUGGACUCAACUUUAAUGUUAUAUACAAAGUUUGAUAGAUUUUAAAAUGAGUAGAUUAGAAAAUGCUUUUAUAACAUGUGGUGAAGAUUUUAGAUAAAACACAUUCUAAUUCUCUAAAAAUAUUGAGAAUAGUUACUCAAUUAAAAUUUGGAGGAAAGAAGCGGAUACUUGGAUAAAUAAGCAAAUUUAUAAACCAAUUGUUUCACAAGGACAUGGAAUAUCAAGAAUAUCUUAAGUUAUUUUUAGUAAAUCUGAGAAAUAAAUUUAUUAUUCAGAAGGAAAUCGUCUUGUUUUAUUAGAAUUAAAAGGAUAAAACUAUGAAUUUAAAUUUUAAUCAGAAAAAUCAAGUGAAAUAAUUACAAGUUUAGAAAUUUCAAAUGAUGGAAAAAUAUUAGCUGUAGGAGCUUUUGAUUAAAAAGUAAAUUUAUGGAGAAUUGAUGAAGCUAAAUUAAUCUUAUUUUAAUAAUUAAAAUUGUACAAUAGUCCAAAAAGAAUUUUAUUUAGUUAAAAUGAUUAAGAUUUAAUAAUUUGCACAAAAGAUGGCUUAGUUCAUUGUUUUAAUAAUAGUGAAUCAAAAUAAAGAGAAUAUAAAGAAAAUUAAAAGAUUUUUAAUAAUAAUGCUAAAAUUAGAACUAUUUAAUUUAAUAAUGAUUCAUCAGUAUUAGCUAUAGGAGGAGAAUCUAAUGUACUUUAAUUAUGGUAGAAAGAUCAAUUAAAUUAAUGGAAAUGUUAUAAUGAAUCAAAAUAAGAUAAUUUCAUAGAGUCUAUAUGUUUUUCAAAUGGUCCAGAUUAUAUUUAUGCAUCAAACAAUAAUGAACUAUAUAUACAUCAUAUAAUUUGA